AUGAGUUUGGUCCCUGCUGACUGGGCUUUGGCCACCACUCAUCUUGCCAGUGACUAUGUUUGCCGCCAGUUUUGUGCUAUUGUUGGAGUGACGCCAAAGGUCCUCCCGCUGCCGGAGCUUGAUGUUGUUUUGAUGCUAGGUUGCUCCCACCUCGCAAGGAUCCUCGCCGAUGCAUAUCUCAAUCCUGUCACUAUCAACUUCGAUAUGACGAGAUAUUCCGAAGUACUGCAAAAGCAGGAGAGAGGUGUUAACCCCGGACGUGAAGAAUUUCUCCUCACCCAAUACCCGCCGGAUCGUGAGAUUAUCCUGGAGCGUCCUGCAGUUGUCCUUGACAAAUUUGGUCUUAUCGUGCUAUGGUACCUCCCCGGAGCAAUUGAUGCUGCCAUUCAGAAUGACAUGCUUUCGGUGACGAUGAUGAUGUUGGGCCCACUGGGCAAGAGUAUCACCUGUGGUACAUUGCCGAAGGACACAUGGCGUACGCAUGAAUCCAAUUUUCAAAUCAGUGAACAUGGCCUUACCUCAGGGUGCAUAAAUCUAUCGCCGGGGUGGUUCCUGCAAGCUCAUCCGGCUCCACAGUUUCAGCCUGAAGUGUCGGCUACCCUUAAAAGCGACGAUGUUGACAACACAACUGGGGCUUGGGGUUUGGGCAAAUACUCAUCAAACACAGACCAUGGGGACUCAGCUCAGAGAAUGGGCAUCUGUCUUUACCGUCGUCGCCGUUAUGUGCACCGGUAUACUCCCUUGCACCGAGAUGCUCUAUCCCGCGCUCAAUGGUUUGACAUAAUGACCAGCAUCGGUGGUUAUACAUCGGCGCGAAUGAAGAUGCCAAAUAUUGGCAUUGAAAUUGCCUAUGAUGCAGGUGUCAUGGCUGGUGCCUCGGGAAGAAUUGUUAGGCAUGGGGUUAACUGGGUGAACGGCGAUCAAGUUGGCUGGAUGUACCUCGAGGUGAUUAUUCAAGAUGUAUCAGCGAUUGUCAAUGCCGUUCAGCGCCAUAUCGCCGGUUUAAGUUUAUCAGUGGAUGUUGUGCAGCCCACUGGGCCUGCCUGUUAA